AUGGCGCCAAAGAAUCUGAGCAUGAGGCGGAUCUUUGCAGCAGCAAUUCAGAUCCGUUCAUACUCCGCGCCAGCAGAACGCUCCAUUCCAGCCGCCAAACAGAAGUACGUCCCGACAUCUGGCACAUAUCCAAAAGGAUUCCUCGCCGGCAGCGCAUUCGCUGGAGUCAAAGCAAGCAACACCAAAUAUGAUGACCUGGCUCUCAUCGUGUCCGAAGUACCAUGUCCCGGAGCAGCUGUCUUCACGAGGAACAUGUUCAGGGCCGCGCCUGUCAAGGUCUCUGGCGAUAUUUUGAGACUCCAACAGAACAAAAAUAUCCGCGGCGUUGUUAUCAACUCAGGGUGCGCCAAUGCUGUGACGGGAAAGCUGGGCCUGGAGCACGCCGAGGCCAUGUCUCGAGCUACUGACAAGCUCUUUGGGGCUGACGAUGCUUCUCUUCCGGAAACAUUGGUCAUGAGCACCGGAGUCAUUGGUCAGCGCCUGCCGAUUGAUCGCAUCACAUCCGCCAUUCCAAAGUUGCAUGCUUCUCUGGGUUCCACCCAUGAGCACUGGCUAGGUGCUGCACAGGCCAUCUGCACAACGGAUACGUUCCCCAAACUGAUGUCUCGUACUUUCACACUGCCAUCCCACCCCGAGACCACAUACAGCAUUGCAGGCAUGACCAAAGGCGCUGGAAUGAUCCAUCCCAACAUGGCUACUCUUCUGGCCACAGUCUGCACGGACGCUGCGAUCGAUCCCGACACCCUUGCCAAGCUUCUCAGACAUCACACUCAAACCUCGUUCAACUCCAUCUCCAUAGACGGAGACACCAGCACAAACGAUACCUUGGCAUGUUUCGCCAAUGGCGCCGCAACCCCAGAAGGUGUCCAGCCAAUGGCCUACGAUUCUCAAAAUGUCAACGGGAAAUCAGACGACCUCAGAGUCUUCGAACAAGUCUUCUCCACCUUCCUCAAAGACCUUGCCAAACUCGUAGUCAGAGACGGUGAAGGCGCCACCAAGUUCGUCACAAUUCGUGUCCGUAGCGAUGUGAGCUUCGUAACAGCGAAGCGCGUCGCCGUGAGCAUCGCCCGCUCCGCACUCGUCAAGACCGCCCUCUACGGCAAAGACGCCAACUGGGGCCGAAUUCUCUGCGCCAUUGGCUACGCUCCAGGUCUCAUGUCAUCUUUCGAACUCGACGCCGAUGCACUUAAAAUUGGCGAGCAGGUCAAACUUGAUAGGAAACUUGCGCGCAUGGGCAAAGGGUCGGGGAGGCAAGAUGCAAGCGAGAACAAGCGUCGUGCUCCGGUAGUGAAUAGCCGAACAAGCGUCUCAUUCAUCCCUUCGGAUGGUAGCAAGGAGCUGAAACUAUUGGUUUGUGGUGAGCCGGAAGCUGUGGAUGAGGUUCGCGCCAAGGAGAUUCUUGAGAUGGAGGAUCUGGAGAUUUUGGUUAGGUUGGAGGAUGGAACCCCUCGUGGUGAUGGGCCUGUGCGUAGCGUCAGAGAGGCGGUAUUCUGGACUUGUGACUUUAGUCAUGAGUACGUCACCAUUAAUGGCGAUUACAGGACGUAG